UCUUUGCUAUCAUCUGGUUAAGCAUUGUGUCUACAGAAGCUAUCAUUAAAAUGUCCAAGAAAACAGUUGUGUCAGUAGAGCUUCUUUGUUCAAGAUGUAGAUUGAAAGUUAUGAAAUUAAUCUCAACCAUCGAAGGGAUUAGCUCUAUCAGCCUCGACCCAUCGAAGAACACGGCGACAGUCAUUGGCGAAGCUGACCCGGUUUGUAUAAUCAAGAAUGUGAGGAAAUUUAGGAAAACAGCUCAACUUAUAAGCAUAGGUCCUGUCAAGGAAGAGAAGAAAGAUGAGAAGAAAGAAUUUCAUGUUCCUAAGACAUGUCAUAAGUGUGAUGUUUGGUAUUAUCCAAUCCCGAUCGCGAUUCAUCCUGAUUCUCGUAAUCACUGCUACAUUCUGUAAUGGAUCGUAGAAGAAAAUGGCGAAAAAAAUUAUAUUGAAAUGAAUCAUAUAUGAAAUGUGUAUAUUUGUUACUUUCAAAGUGGGUUGUAAAUUAAAUGAGCAAUAAUGGAGAGAAAAUGACCAA